AUGAGUUCCCUCCAAUCCGUGCUACCUGACCUGCACAUCUCUGACAACGCACAACUCAUCAUCAGUGCUGCAACUUGUCUUGGUAUCGUAGGAGUAAUUGCUCGGGCUUACCAUACUAAAUCAGAGAGUGGCCUUCCUCUCCCACCUUCCCCUCCCAUUCGGAGAUUUGGGGUGCACUCCCUGCCGCAGCGCAACUCAUUUCUCACUAUAGCGAGAUGGAUUGAUGAGUACGGUCCUUUGAUCACCAUUCGGCCAAGAUCUGAGAAAAUCGUUAUUAUCGGCCGUUACAAGGCCGCCUUGGAUAUUUUGGAGGAUCAUGGAAAAUUGACAGCUGAUCGUCCUCGCAUGAUUGCUGCUGGUGAAAUAUUUAACGGCGGAAUGGGCAUCGGAUUUGCUCACUGGGGGGACAGGCUCCGUCGGAUGCGUAGAGCACUUCAUACGCAUCUCCAGCCUAAAGCAGCUUCGGCUUACGAACCCCUGCAGAUGUCACACGUGAAGAACACAGUUCUCGGGAUUCUUAAUGAUCCACACAACUUCCAGAACUCUGUGUUAACUUAUGGUGCGACGACAAUUAUGAAAGUUGCAUAUGGGAAGAAUACCCGCACAUCUGCGACUGAUCCAGAUGUGGUUGAAAUCAAUUCACUCAUUGUGUUGCUUAGUUCAAUCGUGCGUCCUGGUGCCUACCUAGUGGACUCAAUCCCGUGGCUCAGAUACCUUCCUUGGUAUGGGCGGGAUUUAAAACGUGGGUUUGAGAGGAUCAAGAAACUCAACACUGGUCAGCUGAACCGCGUGAAACAGCAAAUACAGAACGAUGUAGACGUCGGCCCUUCGUUCGUAAAAUAUAUGCUAGAGCAUAGCCAACUCCAUGGUUUGACAGAGACUGAGAUGGCCUUUCUUGCCGGAUCUUUUUUUUCAGCUGGAUCCACCUCGACUUCGAAUUCAAUAUGCACGGUACUCAUGGCAGCAGCAUGUUUCCCCGAAGAGCAAGCUAAAGUUAAGGCCGAGCUCGACGCGGUCGUCGGAAGGCACCGAGCACCGACCUUCGCCGACCAAGAAUCUCUUCCUCACCUGCAGGCAUUUAUAUCUGAGGCUUUGAGAUGGAGACCACCAGUGCCUUCCGGUGGAUUGGCUCAUCGCGCAAGCAAAGAUAUAAUUUGGGAAAACUACUGUAUUCCAGCUGGGACCACGAUAUUUGGGAAUCAUUGGGCGAUCUCUCGAGACCCAGAUGUCUACCCGGAGCCUGACACGUUCAAGCCUGAGCGCUGGAUUGACGAUCAAGGUCUCCUGCGAGACGAUUUAAAACUCAUCAUCUAUGGGUUUGGUCGGCGCGUAUGCCCCGGUCAACAUGUCGCUAACAGAUCGGUGUUCAUCAACUCUCUUCUUAUCCUGUGGGCAUUCCAGCUCACGUUGGAUCAUACGAAGCCAUUGGAUGAUAUGGGGUUCAUGAUCGGGGAGAAAGUAGACAGGCCGUGCGCUAUUGAGUUUGAGACGAGGAUUCCGGAAUCGGAGCUCAGGCGCAUGAUGCAGCAUUAUCCCGAGGAACCUCCAACCACUUGGAAGGAGUGACCUCAGAAUGUUAGCAUCACCACUAUCGCAUUCAACAGGCGUGCGGUAAAAUGAUUCAAGACACCAAUACGUCAAAGUGUCAAACAGGAGGAAUGAUCAUAGUGCUAGUAGAUUGAUUGAUUUCUGAACGUGC